CCUCCCAAUGACCUUUGGACUAGUUUCUACAGAAAGCUUUUCAGUGGACAAGCGUUCCCUUGGAAAAUUACCGGCAAGCACGUUAGAAUAAUUGUAGCGUAACCUGUAUGUAUUUAUUUCUGAUCAAAGUCGAAGAUGUCAUUUACAUCAGCUAUCUCACGAAUUUCGUCGAUAGCUGUUCUGCCGUCAGUUCGUUUUACAUUACGUUAUCGCAUCGCCCUUCGAAGGAUGGUUUCACAGCUUCCAGCCGGUUGUUCGGUGAUUCGAGGACAGUUUGACUCUCUACCCACUAAAGUACAGGAAUACGUGGCUGACAAAGCUGAACUCUGCCAACCGGACAACAUUUACAUUUGCGAUGGGUCCAAGGAAGAGAACGAAUCAUUAAUAAACGAAUUGAUCGAAAGUGGUGUGUUGACUAAACUUCAUAAAUAUGACAACUGUUUCUUAGCCCGCACUGAUCCACGCGAUGUGGCACGAGUGGAAUCUAAAACGUACAUCUGUACAGAGGACAAAGGAGAAUCCAUCCCAACAGCAAAGGAUGGAGUUGAAGGCCGGCUGGGUAAAUGGAUGAGCGUAAAGGAUAUGAACAAGGAGUUGAGUAAAAGAUUUCCUGGUUGUAUGAAAGGUGAGGACAUAUCUUAAAGAAGAAUCAAGCACGAUUGCCAACCUCGUGCGGAAA